AUGACACAGUUCCUCAGCAAUCAUGGGUACCACAAAGAGUAUUUACACCGUUUUAAAAUAACAAACGAUGACAAAUGCCCAUGCGACUCAUCCAGUAUUCAAUCUAUGGCACAUCUUGUUCAGCGGUGCCCUGUAUUCAGUAGAACUCGGGCAAAUCAUGAGAUCGCAUGCACACUGCUUAAAAUUAAACCGUAUGAUAUGACUGAGAUAAUUAGUAAGGAAAGCAGCGUUGAAUCCUUUAAAAACCACAUUACUCAUAUUGUUAAUAAUCUUAAAAAUCUCAAUGGAAGUCUUGGCAGCUGCCUCGGGAUUUCAAAAUGUUCAACGCCAAAUUUAUGUAUAGUACAGCUCAUCACUUCUGGGAAAAGAAUAUUUCUAACUAGCAUUUACGUAGAGCCCAAAGACGAUGAAAAUGAAACAUUGAACCACUUGGAACAAUUUAUAAUUGAAACAGGAGACGCCAUUCAUAUUAUCGCGGGAGACCUAAAUGGCUGGCACCAACUUUGGGGAUCUCCCACAGCGAAUAAAAGAGCACUGGCAAGGCUGACUCCUAUACACAUUAAAAUUAAUGAACUGGCAAUCAUCGAAACAACGAAACUAACAGGCAUAAGCAAAUAUCUUCCAACAGACAUUAGUUUAGACACACCAUCGAAACCAGAAGAACGAUUACAUCCAUCUCGUCGCAAAAUUAUCCAUUACCAAGAAGCCAAUAACGCUCAAGAAGUCAAUCAGAUUCUCCUCGAAAACACUCAUCACAUCUACACAGAUGGUAGUAGACACGACGAAAAGGUUGGGGGAGCUUUUGUUGUAUAUUGCCCCAAUGGUAAAAUUAUAACUAGAAAACUAAAACUCCAUAGUUCUUGCUCGGUGUUUCAAGCUGAGUUGAAAGCCAUAGAACAAGCUUGUGUGUGGCUUGCAAAUAAACACAUUCCGAAUGCAGCUAUUCUGACUGACAGCAAAUCUGGACUACAAGAAAUCGGUAACCCCAAUAGUACAAAUCAAAUAGUUACCAACAUCCACAGAAUGCUAGACAACCACAGCUUAUCAGUUAAUUUCAUUUGGGUCAAAGCCCACACAGGUAUAGCUGGUAACGAAGCUGCUGACCUGGCAGCCAAAGCUGCAGCCACAAGCCAUAACGUCCCUAUUCUCAUAAAAUUUCCAAUUAGCUUCGUAAGAAAACUUGCUCAACAAGAUAGUAAAGUAGCUUCCGAACAAUUUUACCAAGAUAACAUGAAAGAGAAAGACGGUAACAUAGAAGAUGAUAUAAGGAAGAUAACAAGAAUAGUGCAAGAUAUGGACACGGAAAACAUCAUUCUAACAGGCGACUUUAAUGCAAGGAGUCUCUGGUGGGGGAGCAGAGCUGAGGACGAGAGGGGUUUACUUUUAUCGGAAAUGAUAGCUGAACUGGAUAUGAAUGUCUUAAAUCAGGGCAGUGACUCCACCUUUUACCAAUACCGAGGAGGAAAGUUACAUAGCAGCAUAGUUGACGUGACCUGUUGUACGUCGGCAAUCCUACAUAAGAUGGAAAGAUGGAGGGUGGACCCCGAUUUUGUCACACUAUCUGAUCAUCGAGCCAUACAGUUUCAAAUGAUAAUUAAUAUCGACAAACAGAACGUCGUGCUAAGGAAUUCCACUCGAUUAUUUAAUACAGCUAAGGCAAACUGGUCUCUCUUCAGAAACGACCUGAAAGAAAGAUUAGAAAAGGAGAACGUAAUAGAGGAUAAAAUAAAAACCAUACAAACACCAGAGGAGUUGGAUGAUAUCGUAGACACAUAUGUCAAACAAGUAAAAUUAGCAUGCCAGAAAUCAAUACCAACUAUAUCUAAAAAUGUCUAUAAAACUUGUACACCUUGGUGGAAUGCACAGUUAGAAACAGAACGACGUAAAGUUAUACGACUUAGAAGAAAGAUAAAGUUUGCCAAUACAAGACGUAAACCGCACGUUAUUCAGGAUUUCGUGGAGGCAAAAGAAAAGUAUGUUAAUAAUAUAAUGUCAGCAAUAACCACUAGUUGGAAAGACUAUGCACUAAACAAGAAAAAGAAACUGUAUGGCAAAGUAUAUACAGAAUAA